CCUAAUAUCAGAGGAGAAAACAUAGACAAAAUGACGCCAAAAUUAAUACAAGAAGAGCAAGAAGGCUCCAGACCAUCUUCCAUAAAUAAAAAAAUCCUGGAGGUGAAAAAGAAGAUACAGUUAUCAGAAGGCCAAAGGAGAGCCCUCUUCGAAGACUGUGAAGCUGAAAAAAAGGCCAACGCCGAGGAGAUAUCCAAGCUGAAGAAGGACAACACAGAUCUGCUAACCUCCUUGCACGAGUACACCAGCUCAACUGCCAAAUUGGACAUACAAAAGAGAAAGAUCGAGCAUUUGAUAGGUCCACUGGAAGGCAAGCAGGGUGGUGAAGUCCAGAAACUGUUGGACCUGCAGCUGAUAGACAGGUCGAAGCAGUUGGAUCUACUAAGGUAUCACACGAAGAAGAGAAGAGACACCCUAGCUGAACUGGGUAAAAAGUUCCAAAUACUGGUGUCUGAACAGGCCAAGAAAGAGACUAUGUUGAAGGUCGACGUACCCAUCAGAAAGGCAUCUUGCGAAAUCCAAAACAACAUCCAUGCAGUGGAAGUCCAGCUAAGGGAAGCUGAACACAUCAAGAAUCGCUAUCAGGUCAUCAAAGACACUCUUUCAGAUGACGCAGCCAAAUUUGAGAGCAAAGUCAAGAAAAUAGAAGAAGAUUUACUGGAACAAAAGAACGAGAUCGAUAGAUUACAGAAGAUAUUGAAGGAGGCAGUGGGCCUUAAAAACCAAGCCAGGAGAGUACUGCUUCAAGAAGAGAAGGAAACCUUCAGCUUGGCCAAACAGAGAGAGAAACAGUUGGAGGAAGGCAGGACCUUGGUGUCAGCUAGAAAGACAGAGCUUGAAUGCUUGGAGAAGAAGAUCUACCAGACCGGCAAGAUUACAGCUAGACCAGAACCGGAGGGUGCAGAAGAAGCUGCUAAUCAGUAUGACGACGACAAAUCUGAGUCCAUGCUUUGUCCGCUUGAUGUUUUGGAGAAGUGUUUCGAGAAAUUGAAGGCUGCAACUGGGGCGCCAACCGCAGAAAAAACCUUGGAGAAAUUCAGCAAUCAAAGAGACACUCUUUCUAGACUGGAAGCCCUCAAGGCAAAAGCUGAAGCUGAGAAGGAAAAUCUGGAAAAGAAGGUUGAAAGAAGAAAAGCCGAACUGGAGUUCCAAAAAUACGCCCAAGUUAAAGAGACUGAGAGAAAAUCUGGCGAGAUUGAGAGAAAGAACAAACUACUGUUAGAUCUCAAAGAAAAGACAGUGCAGUGUAGGGAAUCCAGUAAGCAAACGGAGACAAUAAUGCAAGCAGCGAUGACAAAUCUGGAGAAGCUAUAUUUGCAGUUGUGUCCAAUGGCGAUCAUACCUAAAGAACCUAUGGUGAUACUUGAACAUAUUAAAAGGGAGUCUAAGAAACUUAUAGAGAGUUACAAGAAGCACAAGGAAGCAGAGCUCCUUAGCACGAAGGACGAGAACAUCUACCAAGACGAAAAAUGGCUGCCGUCUCCCUACAUCCGUUUGAUGUCCAAAACUCCCAUUUCCCAGCAAGGAACUCCACCUAUACCACCCGUAGGGUCUGAUGAAGAGGAAGAAGUACCUUCUAGAGGUCACUUGAAACGACAAGCCCAAAUUGUGGUCGAUGCAAAGUUAAGAAGAAAAAACAUAAAAAUGCAAUUACCCAGAAGGAUUUAAAAAGAUACAAAAACACCACAACUUAAGACAGAUUCUUUAUUCAAAUUAACAAUAAAAAUACACCGAAAAUUGCAUGUAUUUCGAAAAUACAGAUUUUUGACAAUCUUUUCAAUGUUUGUUCUCAAAGUAAGUAAUAGGGAAUAUUGUUUAUAUACAAAAUCUACAUGGGAGUUAAUUUUUACAAUGUUUAAAUAAUAAUGAAUGUAACUAUUGAACGUAAGUAUCUACACCCAAUAUUCAGUCUCAUUGAGCUAAAAAAAUUGAUCCAGUUAAUUUGAACGUGCUAAGA